CAACUUGACAAGCUUGGAAUUAUACACAAGCCUUUACGACGAUAUUGUGUAUGUGUAACCGACUAUAGCUGCUCCAGCAGCCGACUACAAACGAAAGAGCAACUACGCGAAUCAGCAGAUAAGAAACUAUCGACAUGAUGAAGCUUCCCAUCUUCAAUCGCUCAUCACAAGAGCACACAGACAAACCAGCAAAGCCCAGAACCUAUAAAAUCGUUUUCAGAAAAUGGCCUCGCCUGGCGAGAAAGGCCAUUUGGUGGCUGAUGCCCGUUGAGCUGAUCGGAGUCGUGGCCGCUCUGGUCAUCUUUGGCAUCUCUCAGCCUAAUCUCUACCGAACCGACAUGUGGCAGAUUGGUUGGGAACACGAUCCUCCGCUCAACUCGAACCCUGCCAUGAUUCUCUACGCUUAUGCCAACUAUCGACCUUUACCCAAGGUUGCCCUCAUCUGGACAAGAACAUUUACCGAUUUCAACGUUGCCAUCUCGGUCAUCUCACUCUUCUUUCUUCUCGGCAAGCUUAUAGCUGUCAUAAUGAGAUGUUGGUACCCAAUCUUUGCCACCUUUAUCAAUUGCAGCUUGGUCGCUCUGUACACCGUUUGCACCUACGGAACCAUUGGACCCGACUAUGCCGAUCCGCGAUAUCCCGCACCAACAGCCUGGUACUAUCGUAUAGGAUGCGACAUUGCGCGGCCUUAUAGAAAGUACAAGAGCUGCAUGAUCGCCAAGUACUCUCUUGUCAUAGCUGUAUACAUGCUCUUUGUUUAUCUUAUGAGCUUGGCAUUGUCAAUCUAUGCCCUCCUCCCCAACAAGAUCAAUGACAUUUCCGAAGACGAUGACGAGGAAGAGGGAUCUACGACAUCGGAACCGAAGGACAGGGGUGUUUGGGAAAUGCACAACAUGAAGAUGCCUGAUUCUCGAGCGACGCCGUUUACCCCUCGAACACAAGCGUUUCAUACUUUGGAUCGCCAAUUGCCACUGCGGUCCCAACAGAACAGGUACGGGUGAAGGGAUGAAUGAAUGGAAAUAUUAAAACUCAACGGCCGGGAGAUAUAUGUCUAUGAAUGGACUACUAUCCUUAAUUAGCAUGAGGAGUUUGGAGUUUGGGAUGAUGAUAUUCGAUACCGAGGAACAAUCUUUGAGGCCGAACAAGGCACAACUUUCAUACUGUUACAUAUAUUAUUUCUAUCUAAAUUGAGAAGAUAAACUGUAUGCUCU